GAAAGUUGUCGAGCGGUCACGGAGAUGGACGAAGAACUUCGGGAAGGGCCAAGUCGCCGGAUCCGAGAGGCUCUGUUGAGUAGGGAAAGGUCGGGAGGCGGAACUACAGUAGCAGAGUGAAGCGUGUUGGGGGAACGGUGUUCGUGGCGGAAGAGGCCGGAGGGUUUCCGAAGCGAGCGGAAGCGGCGCGGUCAGGGUCCGAACGAGCCGAAGGCAUGGCUAGCGCGUCCUCGGAGGCGGAGGCUGAGGCGCUGGCCGCGGCACGCGAGCGGAGCCGCCUCUUCCUGAGCGGCCUGGAGCUGCUGCAGCAGGGCGCCGAGGCCCGCGUCUUCCGCGGCCGCUUCCAGGGCCGCGCGGCCGUGGUGAAGCACCGCUUCCCUAAGAGCUACCGGCACCCGGAGCUGGAGGCGCGGCUCGGCCGGCGGCGGACGGUGCAGGAGGCGCGCGCGCUGCUCCGCUGCCGCCGUGCGGGGAUAGCUGCCCCUGUCGUCUUCUUUGUGGACUAUGCGUCUAACUGCCUAUAUAUGGAAGAAAUCGAAGACUCGGUGACCGUUCGAGACUAUAUUCAAUCCACUAUGGAGACUGAAAAAGACCCCCAACGCCUCUUGGACUUGGCCAGGAGGAUCGGACAGGUUCUGGCCAGGAUGCAUGACGAGGACCUCAUUCACGGGGACCUCACCACCUCCAACAUGCUCCUCAGGCGGCCCCCGGAGCAGCUGCACAUCGUGCUCAUCGACUUCGGGCUCAGCUUUGUCUCAGGACUGCCGGAAGAUAAAGGCGUCGACCUCUAUGUCCUGGAGAAGGCCUUCCUCAGCACGCACCCCCACACCGAGACCGUGUUCGAAGCCUUUCUGCAGAGUUAUGGUGCCUCGUCCAAGAAGUCCAGUCCAGUGCUGAAGAAGUUGGAUGAGGUGCGCCUGAGGGGGCGAAAGCGGUCCAUGGUCGGGUAGCGGAGCUGUGGUGACCGGCUCACAGUGAAGGCCGAUGUAGAUGAGGCUGGACCUCAGCAAAGCGUGGGUGGUUGAGUGCUCUGUGAUCAUCCGCCACCACCAUCCAUGGCUCACUGUUCUCAGGGGCGUCAUGUACACACAGGGUUUGUUCUAGGCAGAACUGGGUGGGUAGCCUGGGCUGGCUUCAAACUGUGUAAUUGAGGAUAACUUUAAACUUCAGAUGCUCCUGUAUCCGUUGGAGUGUAGGAGUGUGCUCUCACAUCUGCUUUCUUUGGUGCCUUAGGCACACCAGGCAAACCCUGUACCAACUGAGCUAUAUCCCAGCCCUAGCACUGGGUGCUUCAGAUCAAUCAGGCCCCACAGACAGUGCCUGCGGGCCUCAUGCACAGCCGGCCGCAUGAGUGGAGAACUGUGUUGUAGCCCUGGAAGGACAGAGGCGGGGACUGUUUGUGACAGCACGUCUCGGUCUGCGCUUUAGUCUGGUGGGUGUGGGUUACAUGGAUGGAGACUGCUUGAGGCCAGCUCAGUGCGACGUAAGCAGCACUCUGAGAACGCGGUGCGGACUCCGACUGGGCGCGGACUGACUGGGAUGCAGCGAACUGCUCCACGGAGCUUGCUCCAGAUGUGGCUUUCUACCUGGGUUUGGUUUAAAAGAUGUUCUGAGGGACUGGAGAGAUGGCCUUGUGCGAGGGGUUCUCGCUCUUCCCAAGGACUCCAGUGUGGCUUCUAGCACCAGCUCUCAGGGAUCACUGCCUCUGCCUCCCAGGAACCUGUGCUUAGGUGCACAUGCCCCUCCAGAACACACACACAAAAUUAAAGUAGCAAGAAUAAGUUCUUAAAAUAGUCUUGAGAAUUGUAAAAAGAUGAAAAUAUAUAUUACUUCCAUUUUUUCUUUUAUAGGAAAGCAGGCUAUGCCUUUCUGACAGCAAAACCACAGGGCAUGGGGAGGUUAAGUGCACUGGCUGCUCAUUCAGAGGUCCUGAGUUCAAUCCCCACAACCAGACAGACAGUGGCUCACAACCAUCUGUACUGAGUUCUGAUGCCCUCUGCUGGCAUGUAGGUGUACAUGCAGAUAGAGCACCCAUACACAUAAAUCUUUAAAAAAGAACAUUUUCAGA